GACACUGACUGGCGGCACUGCUGGGCACUGACUGGCGCAACUGCUGGGCACUGACUGGCGCAACUGCUGGGCACUGACUGGCAUCACUGCUGGGCUGCACUGAUGGGCACUGAUGGGCACAGGCGGGUGGCACUGAUAGGCGGAGGUGGGUGGCACUGAUGGGCACAGGUGGGUGGCACCACUGGGCACCGGUGGGUGGCACCACUGGGCACUGGUGGGCGGCACUACUGGGCACAGGUGGGUGGAACUGGUGGGUGGCACUGCUGGGCACCGAUCAUCAGGGCACUGAUCAUCAGUGCCCUGAUGAUCGGUGCCGAUCCCUGCUCUGACAACUGCUGGUUCUCGUCAGUACUUUUCCCAUGUUCUGACAGCGUGAGGAAAGUGCAGCCGAGAACCGGCAAUUGCAU